AGAGUUCUCUCUAGAGACUGCUUAUCAUCUUUGUUAAUGCAGUCAUAAGUGCAUAAUUUUUUAAAAAUUUUAAAAAGGAAGGGUGAGGCACGGUUCUAGUUGGGGUCCCAUUAGGACUGGGACGGAGUCUGUGUAGCGACAGGGAGGGAAGGAGAGGGAGGGAUUGCAAUCAGUUUUGGAAAGAACUGGGUCAGGGACGAGCUGGCUGGUGGAACCAUUUGAGUUUUGGAAAUAAUGUGUAUGAAAGGUUCCCCUUGCAGUGAAAGGGGGUGGUUGGUUGGUCGUUCUGUUAUAAUUUAAAGAAGUCUUUUGACUAUUAUGUAUGUUUAGUUAGGUUUUUCCUAUAAGCCAUGCAGUCUCAGUCUCAAAGGUAUUUAUUAAAAGUAAUGAAUACUUAUGUUGUUUGGUUUACUGUGAGAGAGACAAAUAACUUCUGCAGUCAAAGAGUUUAGGACUUGAGUGGGGGAAAGGGUUUAUACAAUGAAGCAGUCUAAGAACAUUCACGUGGGCUUUGUGAUCAAGUGCCAAGAUGUGGAUUAUUUAGUAUUAUCCUGGGGCAGUGGUUCCUCAAAUCAGAAGAGGGAUUCAGGUCUGGCCUUAAAUGUUGCGAGAUUGGGGGUGGUUAUAAAGGGUUACAUGUGUGCUGUGGUUUGAGGGACACCAGGAAGACAUCUCUUCCCCCAGACACCUCUUUGAUCCAGCUUUCUGCUCCAAGGAAAGGAUGGUUCUGAAGUAUUUACUAGUCAUCUGGGAGACAGCAGGAGUCGUGCCCAGGAGGAAAGAGAUAGCAUUAGUGAAGGUGACUGUAGGACGAGGAUUUGGUGUCACUUACCAACUGGUGUCAAAAAUCUGCCCUCUGAUGAUUUCUCGAAGCCACUGUGUUUUGAAGCAGAAUCCUGAGGGCCAGUGGACAAUUAUGGACAACAAGAGUCUAAAUGGUGUUUGGCUGAACAGAGAGCGUCUGGAACCUUUAAAGGUCUAUUCCAUCCAUAAGGGAGACCACAUCCAGCUUGGAGUGCCUCUGGAAAAUAAACAGAAUGCAGAGUAUGAAUAUGAAGUUACUGAAGAAGACUGGGAGAGGAUAUAUCCCUGUCUUUCCCCAAACGGUGAUCAGAUGAUGGAAAAAAAUAAGGGUUUGAGAACUAAGAGGAAAUUUAGUUUGGAUGAAUUAGAUGGUUCUGGAGCUGAAGGACCCUCAAAUCUGAAAUCUAAAAUAAGUGAAGUAUUUUAUAAACCUGGUCAGCUAGUGAAGUCUAAUGGGAGAGGUGAGGUGGCCAAUCAACCCUCUGAAUAUUUGGAUCCUAAGUUGACUUCUCUUGAGCCAAAUGAAAAGACCACAGAGUCUGGCCCCCAAAAAGUCACAGAGCUUCAUCACAAGAAGCAGAAAGCCUCAAACUCUUCAGCUUCUCAGAGCAGCUUAGAGAUCUUUAAGGUGACCAUGUCCAGGAUGCUGAAGCUGAAAACACAGAUGCAAGAAAAACAAGUAGCUGUUCUGAAUGUGAAAAAGCAGACCCAAAAGGAGAACUCAAAAGAAAUUGUGAGAAUGGAGCAGGAACUGCAGGACUUACAGUCCCAGCUGUGUGCAGAGCAGGCUCAGCAGCAGGCAAGAGUGGAGCAACUAGAGAAGACUUUCCAGGAAGAGGAACAGCAUCUCCAGGACUUGGAGAAAGAGGAAGGAGAAGAGGACCUGAAGCAACAGCUCUCCCAGGCUCUGCAGGAGCACCGGGCUCUAAUGGAAGAGCUAAAUCGUAGCAAGAAGGACUUUGAAGCAAUCAUUCAAGCCAAGAACAAAGAAUUGGAGCAGACCAAGGAAGAGAAGGAGAAGGUGCAAGCACAGAAGGAAGAAGUUCUCAGCCACAUGAAUGAUGUGCUAGAGAAUGAGCUCCAGUGUAUUAUUUGCUCAGAAUACUUCAUUGAGGCUGUCACCUUGAACUGUGCCCACAGUUUCUGUUCCUACUGUAUCAAUGAAUGGAUGAAGCGGAAGAUAGAAUGCCCCAUUUGUCGGAAGGACGUUAAGUCCAAAACCCGCUCCCUGGUUCUGGACAAUUGCAUUAAUAAGAUGGUAGAUAAUCUGAGCUCAGAAGUGAAAGAACGACGAAUUGCCCUCAUUAGGGAAAGAAAAGCAAAGAGACUGUCCUGAAGAAUGUGCUUGAAGGGCAUUUGAAAGUCUGCCAGGCAGUGGGAGCUUAACACGGUCUGGAGGAUUCUCUGGACGUGAUGCGGCCACUCUGGAGGUCACCUGAGGAGCCAUGUGGGGCAGAGACUGCAGAGUUGGGAAGCCCUCCCUCAGGCAGCGUCCACGUCAGCCAGCCCUCCUACCAUCCCUGGAGAACCACUGGGGCUUGCUGCGCCAAGCACUUCAGGGUAUUUCGUAGACUCUGCCUCACUACGUGUUGAAUGGGUUAUUUGAGUUCUGUUUUGUUUUUUAAAGUUGUUGUUGUUAUUUUGAUACCUCAGAAGCACCUUUGUUGACAGUUUUGGACAGGUUGGGUGUACCCCAUGGCUGCCCCUGACGGUGGCCUCUAUUUUGAGAGGACGGCUUACCUCUUCUUUGUGAAAACAGUAUGUCAUUUCCUGGAAAUAAAAUGUAAAACCUGUCAGUUGCUCAGCUGGGCUUUGGUGUAUUUACCUUCUUCCCUUCCAGCUCACAGACGGUCUCACAAGUAAACACGGCAGCUCAUAGAUUACAGCUAAGAAAGUGACUGUAUCAGAUGAUAGACUUCAAGUGAAUGUCAGCCUGAGAAGCUAAGCCCACGCUCGCAGCCACACCUGAUGGGCUCUGUGAACCCCUUGUCAGGGUCCUUAUCACAGAGGCGGGUCACUGCUUACCUUGAUUUGGGGCGAGGGGAAUUCCUGUUCUUCAGCUAGUGUUCUAAAGAUAUUUCCAAAUCUAUUUUACCUGAUGUCAUGAACAUACGAGCAAUGAUUUUAUGAGAACUUGAUGUGCUUUUUUUUUUUUUAAGUUGUCUUUCUUUUGCCCACUUCCCCUUUUUAAUCAGAAAGAAAACCAGUUUUGAUGUUUGGGUGAUAGAGGAUUUUAGGGAAGCCUGUAAUGUUGGUUACCUGUGAUGGGAAUGAAGAAAAAUACAGGAAGCUGAAGAAUGGUCAUUUGAACCUAGGAGCCCGCUGGUAGGAUUGUGAAACUGCAUUAUAUCCUUCAAUGAUUUGCUUCACUCUCCCUUUUUACUGCCUACCUGGAGAACCAUUCUUUUAUAUAUUAAUAGUUCUUUAUACCCCAAGUAUUUUCAUAAAGUGUUGGAAACUAUUGACUUACCAACUUUUUAGGAGUAGUGGAUUUUUUUUUCUUUGUUGAGUAUACUGUGUAUAUUGGGAUUCUAAAGUCCCUCGUCUUCAUUUCUGUCCUACUCCCCAUGAUUGCUGAUUGAAAUGCUGGUAGAGUCAGGGAGGAAGUAAGUUAGGUAUCCAAAAAAUACUUUAAGAAUAUUUAUUAUAACCACAUCAUAGAAAUUCUAGGAAAAUAGAGAAGGACAAGAUUGUUACCUUGAUGUAAUAAAUUUCUGUUUCCUCUUA